GAUCUUGGGGGGAUAGAUUUAGGUGUUGAAACUAUUUUAAGCAAUUUGCCAGAAUUUAAUGUUUAAACUAGCCGUUUUCAAUACGGGAUUAUCUAAUCAGAGUUGCUGCCUGAGCUAGUCGUACAGUGUUGUUGCUCGUAGCCAGAUCCAGUGGUAGCUAGCGCGUUUUGUUUAGCUCCAAAUUUAUUUUGGGCUCAACCGCGGUCUCUGACCUUUUAUCACAUUUCCAUUAGUUUAUAUUAAGUAAACUACACAAGCAACGCUGACGACCACCGUUCGAGAGUCCAAGACCGAAGGGGAGAUGGCUAGCUCCGUGGGAAACGUGGCCGACAGCACAGAACCCGACAAACGUAUGCUUUCCUUCCAAGGGUUGGCGGAGCUGGCCCAUCGCGAGUACCAGUCGGGCGACUUCGAGGCCGCCGAGCGCCACUGCAUGCAGCUGUGGCGGCAGGAGCCUGACAACACUGGCGUGCUGCUGCUGCUCUCGUCCAUCCACUUCCAGUGCCGACGGCUGGACAGGUCGGCCCACUUCAGCACCCUGGCCAUAAAGCAGAAUCCGAUGCUGGCGGAGGCCUACUCCAACCUGGGGAACGUGUACAAGGAGCGCGGGCAGCUCCAGGAGGCCAUCGAGCACUACCGCCACGCGCUGCGACUCAAGCCCGACUUCAUCGAUGGCUACAUCAACCUGGCCGCCGCGCUGGUCGCCGCCGGAGACAUGGAGGGUGCUGUGCAGGCCUACGUCUCGGCUCUGCAGUAUAACCCUGUGAGUGCUGGAGAUCUGUAUUGUGUGCGCAGUGACCUUGGUAACCUGUUGAAGGCUCUUGGUCGUUUGGAGGAGGCUAAGGCUUGCUAUCUGAAGGCUAUCGAGACGCAGCCCAACUUUGCCGUGGCCUGGAGUAACCUGGGCUGUGUGUUCAACGCCCAGGGAGAGAUCUGGCUGGCUAUACAUCACUUUGAGAAGGCUGUAACUCUUGAUCCAAACUUCUUGGAUGCCUAUAUUAAUUUGGGAAAUGUCCUGAAAGAGGCUCGCAUCUUUGACCGAGCCGUGGCGGGCUACCUGCGCGCCCUGAGCCUGAGCCCCAACCACGCGGUCGUCCAUGGCAACCUGGCUUGUGUGUACUACGAGCAGGGUCUGAUCGACCUGGCCAUUGACACAUACCGCCGGGCCAUUGAGCUGCAGCCACACUUCCCAGAUGCCUACUGUAACCUGGCCAACGCUCUGAAGGAGAAGGGCAAUGUGUCUGAAGCAGAGGAGUGCUACAACACAGCCCUCCGGUUGUGCCCCACCCAUGCCGACUCCCUCAAUAAUCUGGCCAACAUCAAGCGUGAGCAGGGCAACAUCGAGGAGGCGGUGCAGCUCUACAGGAAGGCCCUGGAGGUGUUCCCUGAGUUUGCUGCGGCCCACUCCAACCUGGCCAGUGUCCUCCAGCAGCAGGGUAAGCUGCAGGAGGCUCUGAUGCACUACAAAGAGGCCAUCAGGAUCAGCCCUACGUUUGCGGACGCCUACUCCAACAUGGGCAACACUCUGAAGGAGAUGCAGGAUGUGCAGGGAGCGCUGCAGUGCUACACGCGCGCCAUUCAGAUCAACCCCGCCUUCGCUGACGCACACAGCAACCUGGCCUCCAUCCACAAGGACUCUGGUAACAUCCCAGAAGCCAUUGCGUCGUACCGCACGGCGCUGAAGCUGAAGCCUGAUUUCCCUGACGCCUACUGCAACCUCGCGCACUGCCUACAGAUUGUGUGCGACUGGACCGAUUACGACGAGCGCAUGAAGAAGCUGGUGAGCAUCGUGGCGGAUCAGCUGGACAAGAACCGCCUGCCCUCUGUGCAUCCCCACCACAGCAUGCUAUACCCCCUCUCCCACGGCUUCCGCAAGGCCAUCGCCGAACGCCACGGCAACCUCUGCCUCGACAAGAUUAACGCUCUGCACAAGCCGUGCUAUGAGCACCCCAAGGACCUGAAGGCCAGCGGCGGCCGCCUGAGGAUCGGCUACGUCAGCUCAGACUUCGGCAACCACCCCACCUCCCACCUCAUGCAGUCCAUCCCUGGCAUGCACAACUCUGAGAAGUUUGAGGUCUUCUGCUAUGCCCUGAGCCCUGAUGACAGCACCAACUUUAGAGUCAAAGUGAUGGCUGAGUCUCAUCACUUCACAGACCUGUCCCAGAUCCCAUGCAAUGGUAAAGCAGCUGAUCGCAUCCAUCAGGAUGGAAUCCACAUCCUGGUCAACAUGAAUGGCUACACCAAAGGAGCCCGGAACGAACUCUUUGCCAUGCGACCAGCUCCCAUCCAGACCAUGUGGUUGGGCUACCCAGGCACCAGCGGGGCCCCCUUCAUGGACUACAUCGUCUCAGACAAGUUUACGUCUCCACUGGAGGUAGAUGAGCAGUACUCGGAGAAGCUGGCCUACAUGCCCAACACCUUCUUCAUCGGAGACCACGCCAACAUGUUCCCACACCUCAAGAAAAAGGCUGUCAUUGACUUCAAGUCCAACGGCCACAUCUUUGACAACCGCAUUGUACUGAACGGCAUCGACCUGAAGGCCUUCUUGGACAGCCUGCCCGAUGUCAAAGUCGUCAAGAUGGAGUGUGAUGGACAGGAGGUGGUUGAGAGUAACAUCGCCCUCUCCAUGCCAGUCAUCCCCAUGAACACAGCAGCCGAGGCCAUCAUCAACAUGAUCAACCAGGGCCAGAUUCAGGUCACCAUCAACGGCUUCACCGUCAGCAACGGCCUGGCCACCACACAGAUUAACAACAAGGCAGCCACUGGGGAGGAGGUGCCGCGCACCAUCUGCGUGACGACCCGCUCGCAGUACGGCCUUCCGGAAGACGCCAUCGUCUACUGCAACUUCAACCAGCUGUACAAGAUUGACCCACCCACCCUGCAAAUGUGGGCCAACAUCCUGAAGCGCGUGCCCAACAGCGUCCUGUGGCUGCUGCGCUUCCCUGCGGUGGGCGAGCCCAACAUUCAGCAGUACGCCCAGAACAUGGGCCUGCCAGCGGCGCGCAUCAUCUUCUCCCCCGUGGCGCCCAAGGAGGAGCACGUCAGGCGGGGCCAGCUGGCCGACGUCUGCCUGGACACGCCCCUCUGUAAUGGACACACCACUGGCAUGGACGUGCUGUGGGCCGGCACACCCAUGGUCACCAUGCCUGGUGAGACCCUAGCGUCACGUGUGGCCGCUUCCCAGCUCACCUGUCUGGGCUGCCUAGAGCUCAUCGCUCCGAGUCGACAGGACUACGAGGACGUGGCAGUCAAGCUGGGAACAGACAUGGAAUUCCUGAAGAAAGUGCGUUCUCGCGUGUGGAGGCAGCGCAUCUGCAGCCCGCUGUUCAACACCAAGCUGUACACCAUGGACCUGGAGAAGCUCUACCUGCAGAUGUGGGAUCACCAAGCCGCCGGGAACAAACCUGAAGUCCUAUACUCGUCGCAGCCCAUCGAGGCCUCCGAGACCGCCUGAGGAGACCCACUCCCACAUCGCUGACACACCCCAUUCAAAACCAUGGCCUCAUACCCCCCCGCGCCACCACUCCCCACCCCUCCAUCUCCCUAGGAACUCUUUGGAGCCUACAGGUGGAACUGAGACAUAUAUACACACACACACACACACACACACACACACACACACACACACACACACACACACACACCACCAUCCCUGAAUGAAAUCAGGUCCUUCAACCCCAUCCCACUCAUCACCAACCCUAUAGCCACCAUGAGACAGAAUUAGUCUACACCCCUACCCAAGCUAAUGACACAAUCAGUCUGGUAAUGCGUUCUGUCAUGUGUAUGUGUGUGUGUGUGUGUGUGUGAGUGAUUGAGACAGGGGUGUGUGUGGGACCUGAAUAAUGACAGUACCUGCAGGACCACCGAAGGCAAAUUCUGCUGGACAAUUGUGUUCUUUUUUUGUUUCCUUUCUCCCUUUUUAAAUUUUUUUUUGGAAAGAAGGGUCUUCAGAGCAAAAGGGACAAUUGUGCGCCUAAAACAGCUUAUAAUCAUUACAAGAAAAUCAGCUUUAACUAUAGUUUGCAGCAUUUUUUUCUGCAAUCGUACCCUUUUCAAGAUGAAGUGGAAGGAUUAGUUUGUUCUUGCAGUCUAGGGUGGUUAGCAUGGGACAUAUGUACUUAAGACAAAUAUGGAAAAUUACAAUUACCAAAUGCCAACUUCAGCAGAAUAUUUUGUCACUAUGGAUUCGUAUAUCAAUGUGAAAUACGAAAGGCCCCAUUGUGCUCCUCAGUCCCACCGCCAGAGGGCGCUAAGUGGGCUGGAAUCCCUGAGAGGAGUUUGCAGUGAAAAGCCACAUUUGAGAAAGCGAGCGUGAGCGUUCACUGUAGCCUACUACUCCUUCUCACAGUGAGUCGCUGUCAUUUUCACCAGGUGAAGGCCCAGGUAAGUAUUUCUAAACAGUCUUGAUUUUAUACUCUGCUUUGUCUUUGUUUGUUUAUUUGUUUGUUUUUCCAUUUAUUUUUUUUAUUUUAUUUUUUACUUCAUAUUGGCCAUUUUUAUUUAUGAUUGGACAAAUGUUGUGCUCUUGCGUACUAGCGUGGAAACAUGAACUCGUGUCUCACUAAACAAGCGGCCAAUCUUGAGUCGUGUUGCCGCUGUUUUGCUAACGUGCUUCGUCCCGCCAUGGAUAUCUUCAAAUUGUAUAUUAAAUUAAUUGGAUGGUAAGGACAGUUUAAAUGCUAUAAUCGUAACAGUAAAAUGCACAGUUUUCCUAUUCUGUCAUCUCAUAAGUUCAAAAAUGUUCCAAGGUGUCUGUCUUGUUCUUGUCACUGAAUUAACAGUGUUGUGCAUUCAAAGAAGAUUUGUGCGAUUGCUCUGUGCUAAUAAAAGGUGUUGACGUUA